UUAUGUGAGGAGCACAUGUUCAGUUCUUUUGUUUUUGCCUUUUUGUUGUCUUUUUGUACCUCAUGGUUAAAUCGAUGAAGGUAGAGCAGAUGAAAGGGAAAAUGCAUUGACCGGAGCUGCACAGGUCAACAGGAACUGCAGCGUUUGAGCUGGAGCUCAGCAGAAGGCAACAGGUCUGAAAUGAGGGCAAAGCAUUACAGACUAUUUGAACUUAAAGAAAGAAAAAAGACAUUAUCAUGUCCUUAAACUACAUCAAGAACUUCUAUGAGGGAUGCCUCCGGCCUCCAACUGUUAUUGGUCAAUUCCACACCCUGUUUUUUGGCUCCGUCCGCAUGUUCUUCCUGGGUGUUCUGGGAUUUGCCGUUUAUGGGAAUGAGGCCCUGCACUUCAGCUGUGACCCCGAAAGAAGGGAGCUCAACCUCUUCUGUUACAAUCAGUUCAGACCUGUAACACCCCAGGUGUUUUGGGCCCUGCAGCUAGUGACGGUUCUUCUUCCAGGGGCCGUGUUUCAUCUGUAUGCCGCAUAUAAAAACAUAGAUCAAGAGGAUAUUCUGGAACGACCAACAUACACGGUGUUCUACAUCAUUUCUGUACUGUUACGAAUCGUCCUGGAGAUGGCAGCAUUCUGGCUCCAGAGUCGUCUCUUUGGAUUCCUGGUUCAUUCGCUGUACUUCUGUGACACCAGUUCACUUGAAAAGAAAUUAAACUUCACCAAGUGUAUGGUACCAGAGCACUUUGAAAAGACCAUCUUCCUCAGCGCAAUGUACAUUUUCACCAUUAUCACCCUGAUUCUGUGUAUGGCUGAGAUUUUUGAAAUCCUCUGCAGAAGGUUGGGCUAUUUAACAAAUCAAUGACAAUCGUAAGCUUGAAAAUAACAGACAAAAGAAUGCAAAUGUAAAACAAAAUUUUCACAUCAUCAAACUGCAUGAUUGCAUGGCAUC